GAGGAGGAGUGACGGAGGAAUGGAUCUGGACAAGAGACCAGGGGACGCAGAAGGUUUGGACUGAAGACGCUGUCGCUCACAGGCUCCAGAAUGGCGAACAUCAGCGACAAUGGAGAGCACCAGAACUGCACGUUGGUGGACCAGCAGUUGAAAUGUUAUUUCCUGCCCGUCGCCUACUCCCUCAUCUUCAUCGUGGGCCUGGUGGGAAACGUGACCUCCAUCGGCGUCUACCUGACGAAGCUGCGUCCCUGGAAGAGCAGCAGCAUCAUCAUGGUCAACCUGGCGCUGACCGACCUCCUGUACGUCCUCAGCAUGCCCUUCCUGGUUUACUACUACAGCAACGGGGACUCGUGGACGUUCGGCGAAUUCAUGUGCCGCUUCGUGCGCUUCGGGUUUCACUUCAACUUGUACGGCAGCAUCCUCUUCCUCACGUGUCACGCAGUUUUCCGCUUCGUGGUGGUGACCAGGCCUUUGAAGGCCGCGCAGGUGCAGCAGCCGUGUUGGGGAAUCGUUGCGUGUUCCUUUGUUUGGAUCAUCACCGCCGCUGAGAUAGCUCCCAUGUUGAAGAUGAUAACGGUGGAGGAACUCGACAACAAGACGUUCUGUAUGGACUUCGCCAGCGUCAUAGGUCAGUCUUCUGAAUUGCACUGGUAUAGCUGGCUGCUCACCACGCUCGGAUUUCUGCUCCCCCUAGUGGUGGUGUUCAUCUGCUGCAUCGGUAUCGUGAUGAAGCUUGCAGAAGGGCCCGGUGCGAGCACGUCCAGUCGGAUGCGAGCGAGUCGUGUGACCGUGCUGAUCCUGGUGGUGUUCGUUGUGUGUUUCCUGCCGUACCACAUCCUGCGUGUGUUGCGAGUAGAAACUCAACAUACGCCAAACACACUGUGCAUUAAUGAGCGGGUCAUCCACGCCGCGUACAUCAUCUCCAGGCCUCUGGCGGGACUCAACACGUGUUUUAACCUGGCUCUGUACACUCUGUCAGGUGACAAGUUCAAGGGAGCGUUCCUCAGCACGUUCCAGUGGAAGGGUUGGCAGACCAAGGCCCGGUCGCUGCUGCUCAAGGCCUUCGUCAGCAGAGCAGCCACUGACACGGCUGCUGUGUGA